AUGAUUGGAAGGCUAUGGCAACUUCUUCGACCAUUCAAGUAGCUCGGGAACUGCCCGUCUCUGCCAAAAAUUACCUAAACGCUCCUCCAUUUCUACGAAUUUUCUUUACUCACUCCACUUUAUCCACUUCUAAAACCAUAUCAAAAUUCAAAACCAAGAAAAAUCGAAACUGAAUGGCCAUGGAAGACGAGAGCUCCGAGAGCAGGAACAGAGCAAGGCUAGCCAUAUUAGAGCUAGCCAACAUGAUAAGCGUUCCUAUGUCUCUCAAUGCCAUCGUGCGGCUCAACGUCGCCGACGUCAUCUGGCAAGGCGGAGCCAACGCUCCACUCUCCGCUUCCGAGAUCCUCGCACGCGUCCACCCUUCCGGCGGCGAUCCAGAGAAUCUUCAGCGCAUCCUCCGUAUGCUCACAAGCUACGAUGUCUUUACAGAACACGUUAAUUCCGAUGCCACCGAAAGGAGAUACUCUUUAACGGAGAUCGGAAAAACGCUUGUCACCGACAGUGAAGGCCUUUCCUACGCAUCUUACGUUCUCCAGCACCACCAGGAUGCACUGAUGAGGGCCUGGCCGUUAGUGCACGAGGCCGUGGUGGAUCCGACGACGGAGCCGUUCGUAAAGGCCAAUGACGAGCCUGCGUAUGCUUAUUAUGGUAAGCAGCCAGAAAUGAACGGUUUGAUGCAAAAGGCAAUGUCAGGUGUAUCUGUGCCGUUCAUGAAGGCCAUAUUGAAUGGCUACGAUGGAUUUCAAGGUAUGGAGAAAUUGGUCGAUGUAGGCGGAAGUGCAGGAGAUUGCCUUAGAAUGAUACUGAAGAAAUAUCCAAACAUACGUGAAGGAAUCAAUUUUGAUUUGCCUGAAGUUGUUGCCAAAGCACCAAAUAUUCCUGGUGUUACCCACGUUGGCGGUGAUAUGUUCAAAUCAAUUCCAUCAGCUGAUGGCAUAUUUAUGAAGGCAUGGCAGUGGGUAUUGACGACAUGGACAGAUGAAGAAUGCAAGCAGAUAAUGGAAAAUUGUUACAAAGCACUUCCUGUGGGUGGGAAGCUAAUAGCGUGUGAGCCAGUGCUGCCAAAGCAAUCAGAUGAUAGUCAUCGGACAAGAGCUCUCUUAGAAGGCGACAUUUUUGUUAUGACUAUUUAUAGGGCUAAGGGUAAGCAUAGGACUGCAGAGGAGUUUAAGCUAUUAGGUCAGUCUGUUGGCUUUUCUCAUUUCCAAGCUUUCUAUAUCGAUUAUUUCUACACUGUCUUAGAGUUUCAUAAAUAAUGAAUCAAUUGCGUAUGUCUAAUGGUUUAGGACAAAGACAUAUUAAUGUUUUAAAAUCAGUACUAAUUUAGGAUUUUUCUUAUUUA